GUUUCGAUUCUGUCGGAGGGAUAUAUGUGAACUUGUUGAAGAGCUGUCAGCCAACUUACAGUACAUAUCAAACCACAACGCAGCAUUGCCACCAGCAUUACAGCUGUUAAUAGCGCUACGUUUUUAUGCAAAUGGUGCGUUUCAAAACAAUGUUGGAGAUAUGAUUAAUGUCCACAAAUCCACCGCAUGUCGGGCCAUCCGCAGAGUUUCAUUGGCACUAAGCCGUCGCCUUCCGCAAUCUGCUCACCUCCCCACUGAGGCCGGGGCUGCGGUGAUGAAACACAGAUUCCGCCGGGCCUCUGGCAUCCCUGGUAUUGUGGGCUGCAUCGAUGGGACUCACGUCAGGAUCAAGGCACCAUCUGAGCACGAGUAUCUUUAUGUCAACCGCAAGGGAUACCAUUCAAUCAAUGUGCAGAUUGCUUGUGACGCCAAUUAUAAAAUCUUUAAUUUGGUUGCGAGAUGGCCUGGAUCUACCCAUGACGCACGCAUCCUCCGGGAGAGUGCCUUAUACCAGGAUUUCGAGGCUGGAAGGGUAAACGGGCUGCUUCUCGGCGACAGUGGAUACCCACUGAAACACUGGCUGAUGACGCCUAUAAUUGCUCCGAGGACUGAGCAAGAACGACGGUAUAACACCAUCCACACCACCACUAGGUCACUCGUUGAGCGGUGCAUCGGAGUCCUCAAGCGCAGGUUUUAUUGUCUUCAUGGAGAAAUGCGGAUGCACCCUGAGCGAGUCUGCACCGUAAUAGCAGCGUGCACUGUCCUCCACAACAUCUGUGUCACCAAGAUGAUCCCUCUCCCUAGGCAACACCAUCAGCCGGUGCCGGAGGAAGGUGUCGACCCUGUGGACCAUGCAGGGCAUGAAGAUGUCGGUGGACGACUAGUCCGUACACGCAUAAUUAAUGCUUUAUAAAUGUUCAAAAUAAUUUUGCCAAUAAUCUGCAGGUUGUAAACCAUACAAAUAAGCCACAAAGAAAUCCCACUAGGUCUAUAAUAAACUUCUUUUAUUUACAUAUAAUUGUCAUUGAUUCAUUGUACGCAAUUUGCCAUAAGGCUUAUUUACAGAAAUAGAAAAGACCGCCCAUCAUCUUCAGAAAUAGGCGAAGAUGAACUGUUUAUCUGUUGUUGGAGCAACUGUAUUUCUAACAAUAUUUUUUGUUUUUCAAGUUCUAACUUUUCCUGCUCGGUCUGUAGUUUUUUUGUUUCAGUCUCCACUCUCACAAUUUCCUUCUCAAGAAGUGUCUGCUGCAGAUUAUCCAGCCUCCUCAUCCGUUUCACCGGUGGUGCACCGCUGCUGUGUUCGUGAGAACUUUGUGGAGUGACUGGGUCCUCCAUCGAGUCUAAAAAUACAGAUAAUCUAUCAUAGCCCUAUUGUUAUCUGACAACUACUAAAAUGCUUAUUUUAGGCCAUUCUAAUAUGGGCUACACACCUUCACAAUUCGCACUCUCGAUUGAGUGAUCGACAAGGGUUUCUUGC